CGCACUCUCAACUUUGGGGAGCCGGAUUAGCAUUGUUUUGCGCACGAGAGCAAGCAACGGACUGCACAAUUCGUACAACUGAACCUCCAACAUGAUGCGCGCAACAUUACGUGCAACUCGUGCCCUCAGAGGUGCCAGGCAUCACACACCCUUGGCUCAUGGACAACAAGCAUCCGCGGCAAAACGCCUUCUGGCGGGCGCAGGACUCGCCACCGGCGCUGCGGCCUGCUACGCGACCGCGCAAAGCACGGCGACGUGCGAGUCCGCCGCCGCCGCGAAGACGCGUUUCGACGAAAAAGGAUUCGGCUCGCCGUCUUUUAAAGGCGAUGUGGUCAUCGUGACGGGCGGCACGACGGGCAUCGGCGCGGCCUGCUGCGCGCACCUCGCGAAGGCGGGCGGCGUCGUCUACAACAUUGAUUUCAAAAAGCCUGCAUCAGACGUGGCGGGCGUCACGCACCUGCAAUGCGAUGUCAGUGAUGUGGCGCAAGUGAAACGCGCGGUCGGGGCCGUCGUAAAGGCGCACGGGCGCGUCGACGUCCUGGUGUCGAACGCGGGCGUCUGGCACGGCGGCGACUUCGAGAAGACGUCGGAACGGGACUUCGAUAAGGUGAUUGGCGUGAACCUGAAGGGUACGUUCUUUGGUAUCCAGGCCGCGGUGCCCGCCAUGCUCGACCACGGCGGCUCCAUCGUGAUCAUCGGCAGCGACCAGUCGUUGAUAGGGAAGCCGGAGCAGCAUUUGUACGGGUGCACGAAGGGCGCCAUCGCGCAGCUGUCCAAGUCGCUCGCGGCGCACUACGCGCCGAAAGGCGUCCGCUUCAACUGCAUCUGCCCCGGCACGAUCGACACGCCGCUCAUGCACGGCGCGGUCCAGGACUUCGUGAAGCAGAAGGGCGCGAACGCCCAGGAAUUAUACACGUGGCUCGAGACGGCGCAGCCGCUGCCGCGGCUGGGCCGGCCCGAGGAGGUCGCCGCGCUCGUCGCGUGCGUGGCCAAGAUCCCCUUCUGUGUCGGGUCGAUGAUUUCUGUGGAUGGGGGCUACACGGCGCAGUAGUAGUAGUAUUAAGAACGAUAAUUCGUGCUCAACCGG